CCCUAUCGCGUGAUUAUCCAGCCAAGCGAAAAAAGGAAAAAGAAAAAGGAAAAACAAUAGCUGAUUCGGACCCCCGAAAACCGGAUUUCGAAACCCUAAUCGGAUCUCCCAAAUAGCUCCGUAGAAGAAAGAAGAUGACGGGAGUAACCAAUCAAGAGGAGGACAAGAAACCCGCUGAUCAAACGGCUCACAUCAAUCUCAAAGUCAAAGGCCAGGACGGGAAUGAAGUGUUCUUUAGGAUUAAAAGAAGUACUCAACUAAAGAAACUUAUGAAUGCUUAUUGUGAUCGGCAAUCGGUGGAUUUCAACUCUAUUGCCUUCCUUUUCGAUGGUCGCCGUCUGCGGGGCGAGCAGACUCCGGAUGAGUUGGAAAUGGAGGAUGGGGAUGAGAUCGAUGCAAUGCUGCAUCAAACUGGUGGUACCAUGGCCUAACUAGCUAGCUUAUUUAUAGGUUUACUACCUAGUAGGAUUCAAAUGGUAGUAUUUGUAAGAUUAGGAUCUAUAUAUAUUAAACCUCUUGAAACCGUGAGGUCCGCUAGUGCAAUGUGCCUCACCACUACUCUUCAGUAUGAGUAUUUACGAACUCCGAGUUAGGUAGACGUAGUUCAUGUAUUUAUCUUUAUGAAAUAAUACUCAAGAAGUUUGAGAUAAAA